CACAGCAGUAAUAUAUUAUCAAACAACUCUUGUUACGAAGUCUAUUCGAUAUAGCAAACACUGGUUUAUAAACUGACAACUGAUCAGGUACAUAGAUAGCCAGCAAUGACGCCAUCUAAUAUCAUAAGAGCAGGUUGCCUUCUUGCGGUCGCUGCGACAACCGUUUGUGCUCAAGAAGCCCCAUUUUGUGAUGCUGACUGCAAUACAACACCACGCGUCUGCUACAACGCAACAGAAUUGACUCGACAAGUUCAAUUGGGGCUCUCAGACAUUUGGAUACACCGGAGCAUCACAUUGGAAGAUGUGCUAGAACUUAAUCCACCAAGAGAUUUAAAUAUAAGAGCUUGCAAUACCGUCGAGGUCAACUGUUCCCCCAAUGGUGCCUUUAAGAUCGGUGAAGGAGCCGAAGGUACGACAGGAGACAGUAUUUUUAUCGGAGGGUUCUCUAUUGUGGGAUGCAAUGGUGGGGCUGUGAAGGCAAGGUCGUCGAAUUCGAUCACCCUGCAGGGACUCGCGAUCACGGGACCAGCAACAGAAAUGUCAGAGCCAGCAUCAGCCCUCAAUUCCCCUACUGUACUGAUAGACAGUUGUAGUUUCAAAGGGAACAGGCUCGAUGCCAGUGUUCUUGAAAUGGGGGGCGGCGCACUCUAUAUCGAUGCUACAAAUGCGACCAUCGUUCAUUCCGAAUUUCACAACAAUUCAGCUAAUUAUGGUGGUGCUAUUUUCAGCACGCAAGCCUUGGAUGUUCAAAAUUCCAAUGUUACUUCAAAUAAUUGUUUAAAAGCGGGGUGCGGAAUAUAUGCCAUAGGACUGAGCGUGAGCAAUUCUAGGUUUUCCGGGAACAACAACAAGGGACAACGUGAAGCAGAUCCACAAACCAUAGAAGAAGCUACCAGAGGAGGUGCUAUAUAUUCCGAACUGGGGCUGAUGGCGACAAAUAUUAUUUGUGAAGAUAACGUGGCAUACAUGGGAGGCUGCUGGUACACGAAUAGUGUAACUGAACAGGUCAGCCUCACAGAUUCAAAUUUUCUUCGAAACUUGGCCCACGAUUCUACCGAAGGCUCAGGGCUUGGUGGAGGCGGAAGGUCAGUAUCGAGCAUGCGUAUUGAAAGGUGUACAUUCGACAGUAAUCAGGCGAGUUCUGCUUCCAUUUUCCAGGCUGAUGGUAUAGUGGACAUUAUCGAUUCGGAUUUUCGUCAUAAUAUCGGAGUUUCAGCGAGUAGUACACUCUUGUACACAGGGCCAGUCACUGUGACCAAUUCCAAUUUCCACAACAAUAGUGCCUUCAACUCUGGUGGAGGUGCUAUCAAUAGCGAAGCUGCUGAGAACUUUGUCCAGGACUCGAAUUUCACUAUGAACAUUGCUGGAGGGGGUGGUGGAGCGAUCAGUGCUCGUGGAGCCGUGAUAUUGAUCAGAUCCCGUUUCAUUGCGAAUAGGGCAAAUGGAGGGCAAUCCGAACAAGGGUUUGGUGGUGCCGUCUUUGCGGAUACACUUGUGGCGGGCGAAACACUAUAUUUCGGGCAUAACACAGCUGGACUUGACGGGGGAGCAAUAGUGUGCCGAGGAGAUAUUAAUAUAUCCGGUGCGCAGUUUGAAUUCAACUCGGCCACAGAAAACGGCGGAGCAAUAUCUGCAUUUUAUCAGGUGGCCUUAGCAAGCUCAAGCUUUAACGGGAAUACAGCUACCGGCAGUGGUGGGGCGCUUUUUCUAAACGACGUCAUUAUGGCCAACGAAGUAAACUUUACAAAUAACGACGCUGCCGCGAAUGGAGGUGCGAUAUACAGCAGCGGAAUUUUUCCUAGUUACUUGGUUGCUGCUCGUCUUACAAACAAUACAGCCAGUUUCGGGGGAGGAAUCUACUCUGAGAAUUCUAAAGUAGAAUUGUAUAACAGCAUUGUACAAGACAAUGAGGCAUUUUCAAAGGGGGGCGCCUUAUAUGUGCAACAAGUUGUCGUGAGGAACUCCGUCAUCAAGUGCAACAAAGCUAUCAUUGGUGGGGCGCUCGCUAUCACUGGGGUUGUAGUAGACCUUGAUAAUACUACACGGAUCACAAGCAACAAUGGCAUCUGCUCCAACAUCUACUUCCAAAGCGGUCUGGCGUGUGAGGACGGUUUAGGUGAUGAUUACUGCGACUGUGCCUUCACGGCACAGAUGCUCGCUGAGUGUGGUAACGGUGCGGUGUGCGACAUCGAAGCAACAAAGCCGUUUACCACUGAUGUGCCCUGUCUUUGUCCCGAAGGCUGGUUUUUGAACACCGCUGGUGGUUUGUGUAUACCUUGCAGCACGUGUGGGACCUCAGCGAGCCAGGCAAGUACGCUCAAUGAUUUUAUGUUUGGCACAAGUGAUAUAUUCAAACAUUUAACAAUGCUUCUUACCAAAAACACAUCAAAGCGGCUUGAUCGUGGGGCAGCGAAUAUUCAACAGCAUUAUUAA